AUGGACGAGUAUCAAAUCAAGCAUACCCCUUGGUAUCAAUCCUCCGUUGAGGCCUUCGCAGCCAAAGCUGCCAGGGAGGACCUGGGCCGCCCUGAGGAUCCAAAUGCCACCCCGAAUCCCGACAUGAUUGUUGCUGCUCGACUUCGACCCAUUCUGGAAGAUGAGGUAGCUGCCGGGCUUAUUCGUGGUGUUUAUACCCGAUCCAGCGCGAACGGCGCCGUCGAUGUACACCAGAUCCGGAAACACAUCAAACCAUUGGGCCCUCCUACUUUGGUUUCUACCUCGGUUCGCCUUGACCGAGUAUACGGGCCGGAGGAUACUUCCGAGCAGAUUUACCAAGAUUUGGUGCAGCCCCUGGUUCCCUGGGCAUGGAGCGGUGGUGUCAGCACAAUGUUUGCCUAUGGUCAGACUGGCUCUGGAAAGACUUUCACCGUCAGCGCCAUUGAGAAGCUGGCUGCCGAGUCUCUGAUGCGAGGGGAUCUGGAAGGCAAACGCAAUGUUCAUGCGUGCAUCAUUGAACUAGCGGGCAAUCGAGCCUUUGAUCUUCUCAACUCGCGCAAGCCGAUCUCUGUUCUUGAGGAUUCUUUUGGCGUCACCCAGCUCGCCGGAGCUAUGGAAUUCGAAGUGACUGAGGCAGGCACUCUACUUGACUUGAUCGAGAAAGCAGCAACGUAUCGCAGAACAGCAUCAACAGAAAAAAACGAUGCUUCAUCCCGUUCUCAUGCAAUUUGUCGCAUACGAAUCGAGAACCCCACCAUGCCCGCUGCCGAAGACGGUCUCCUCUAUCUUAUCGACUUAGCUGGCUCCGAGGCUGCUCGAGAUAGGGCCAAUCACACAGCCGAUCGAAUGAAGGAGGCACGUGAGAUCAACACCAGUCUGUCGGUCCUUAAAGAUUGCAUCAGGGGUAGGGCUACCGUUGAUGCGGCAUCUUUGACGGGAAAACCAAAGAAACCAACCCACAUUCCCUUCCGACAGAGCUCGCUCACCAAAAUCUUGAAGCACGUCUUCGACCCUAACAGCCGUCGCACGUGCAAAACUGUGGUGAUGGCCUGCGUCAACCCAAGUCUUCCGGAUACCCCGGCCGGCAAAAACACACUCAAGUAUGCCGAAAUGUUGAGAGUCCUCUUGCCCAAAGCGAAGCCUUGGCCAUAUGAUCCCGACGUACCCUUCACCUGGACCAAUGAGCAAUUGAGACAGUGGGUCGAGGCCAAUUCCGGCACGCCUAUUAUUUCAGGCGGUUUACUUGCACCUUCUGAGUCUGGCGCUCAGCUCCUCCGGCUGCCAACGCCAGAGUUUCUCACCAGAUGCCUUAAAUCACCAGGUGUGACUGAGGAUCAAGCUCGUGCCUUUGAGGCAAAGUUCUGGCGUUUGCAUAUCGAUUCACAAAAAGCAUCUUCAAAAACGGUAGAACCAAAGACGGAAGAGGAGCCGCAGAGUAAGGCCGUGGCAACAAUGUCACGAAACCAGCUACUGGCCUCAAGUAUCGACCUUGAUCCAAAUGCCGCACAGGUGCCUUUCAAGGAGCGUAUUCGCCCAGGCAUGGUCGUUCGGUGGAAUCCGCCUGCUGGCUUUUCAGGAACCUUGCCGGGGCUGAACAUGGUGGCAAUUCUAUGCCCUCAAUCAGCCGCUGGAACUCAUGCACGAGAUCUCGACGGCAACUUAGUCCUGAGGGCUGGAUCAGAGCCCGAGGGCAAGAAGUAUCUCUGUGCCAUGGUACUCCCUGGGUUCAUGGCUGAUUCGUACGAGCUUAGCAUGUGGCGUCAAGUCGUGGUGGACGUUGAGCAAAUGGAGGCCGAGGUGUUUCUUGAGUACGAUUCGGCAACGAGGUAUUGUCAUGUCACACUCUAG